UAUUUACACUAAAAAAAAAAAAAUUUAAUUAAUAAUACAGUUUCAUACACAUCCAUAUGUAGUAUAUAUAUGAAAAAUUUGUAUAUCAUCAGUUUUUUUAAAUUAAUUAAUUAAUUAUCUUCACACAUGUUUAUUUAAAUUUAAAUAGUUGACAAAUAAUGCCGCAAAUAAAUAAUAAUAAUAAUAACAAUGUUAAUAACAAAAUGAUUUACGAACUAGCUAAAGAUUAUUCAGCUUAUAUGAAAGUUGAUUUACCUAAUCAGACAUUAAAAAUUCAUGACACUAUUGAAGAAAUGAUGAUACGUCUAGAAGAAUUUGAAUCAAUUGUUGGAAUGGUACAAAAUUUACGUGCUGAAUGUACAUUUGAACAUCUAGUAAGAUUUCGUUCAGUUAACCCUCAAUUACUGGAAUUAUGUAAACGAAUAGAUGCACUGGAGCAUGUAGUAGCACGUGCAAAUAUUGACUUGACAAAUCUUGAAGCUGCUGUUGACACGGCUGAGAUUGAAUUGGGUGUCAGUACAACAGUGUCUGACCGGCUCCUUGGUAUUUUUAAUCCACUUUCUCUAUUUAAAUAUAAAAGUGAUAGUAGUGCGCUUGUAACAACACCAAGAACUGAUGCGACAAUCGAUUUACCUCCGAUAUUUCGUACUAAAGAUGCAUUUGAAUCACAGCAAAAACAAUAAUGAAUUCAUGAAUAUUAUGUAAUGUCAACUGAUCUCAUUAAUCAAGCCAUCAUUUAUUUUAUUGGUACACAUUAAUAUAUAUUAAAGGAUCAGUGACCAAUGGGAUCAAGUAUCAUGAAAUAAAAUUCCUGAUAUCAGCCCUAGUAGCGUUUUUAAGAAAGUUUUAUGUAAAUUUGUAUUUUAAACGAGUCUGCAUGAUCAGUCUUGGCAAGAUACUUCCAUAAAAUAUCUUAAUUAAGUCUGUUGCAAUACUUGGCUAGGAUACUUGUGUAAGAUUCUUUAGGCCAAACUUGCUGCAGAAUUUCUUAAGAUACCUGCAGAUGGCUACUUUUACUUCAUGACUCGAAUAUUCAGCAUUUAUAUAGUAAAUUCAGUGGUGCUCACAUUGUGUUCGAUUUAUUUUUUUCGAGUGACAAUAUUAAUAAUUUGUAGAGCUUUAAAUUUUAAGGACCACUGGAUUUGCUCUAAGUACUGAACUAAAGCAGCGAACAAAAAAAAAAUAAAUAAACCUGAUAUCUUAAGCAAUUUUGUAGCAAAUCUGGUUAAGAAUUACUGCAGACUGUUUCUACCGAUCUCCGUAGAUCUUUAGAAAGAAUCUGCAAAUAGUACACUUAUGAACUUAAUCUUGUUCAAAUCUUCCGUAAGAGAUUUACUGAAGAACUUUCGUCAAGUAAUUUACUUAAGACAAUGCUACUAGAGUAGGAUCUAGUGGUGAAAUAAAAUUACUGGAUCAGUUAAUGGACCAACAUAAAAAUAUAUUUUAAAAUAAUUGUUGAGUAAUUUGUUGAUU